AUGAGAAUAUCGGCCUUCUCUGUAGCCGCCGCCUUCCUCUCGGCAGCGAUAGCGCAAGGCACUCUCAACAUCACAAAGACCAACUGCGGCGCGCCAAUCCGCGACAAGUCGCAGGUAUACAGCGACACGGCUGCCGCAUUCAGCGUCCUCGCGGGCGUCUUCAUCAUCCAGAGAUUCGCCUACAAGAUUUAUACGAAGCUCGAUAUUUGCCUCGACGACUGGUUCGCCCUCCUGACGAUGAUAAUCGCGGUCCCCGGGGCCAUCAUCAACGCACAUUACGUCCCCGUGAAUGGACUCGGCCGCGACAUAUGGACCCUCACGCCGCAGCAAAUCACCAAUUUCCUCAGAUUCUUUUACUUUCAGGAGAUAAUUUACGUUAUCGAAGUCUCGGUGUUGAAGUUGUCCUUUCUCUUCUUUUAUCGACGCAUCUUUCCUGGCACGACGAUCCGCUGGCUGCUAUGGGGGACGAUUGCAUUCAACACACUCGUCGGCGCCGUCUUCACGCUGGUAUGCAUCUUUCAAUGUCGUCCCAUCAAGUAUUUCUGGGAGCAAUGGGAUCAAGAGCAUCGUGGAAAGUGCCUCAACAUCAACGCAAUCGGCUGGUCCAGCGCGGCCAUAAGCAUCGCGCUUGAUGUAUGGAUGCUGGCACUUCCGCUGUGGCAGAUCAGAACACUGCGACUGGAUUGGAAAAAGAAGAUUGGCGUCGGAUUGAUGUUUGGCACUGGAGCCUUCAUCACCAUCGUGAGUAUACUUCGGCUUAGGUCGCUGCUCGCCUUUAGGUCAGAUUCGAUGAAUCCCACCUGGGAGUUUUUUGAAGUCGGCCUGUGGUCGGCUGUCGAGAUCUGCAUUGGCAUCGUCUGUGCCUGCCUGCCCUCGCUCCGCCUUCUGCUCGUCCACGUAUUCCCGAAGCAAUUUGGCACAUCCGCGAAGCGCGACACGGGAAGCACGGGAAUGCACCCCAGCGAAACCGACGCGGCUGUGGCGGACCUCAAGCAGCAACUCAGCUCAGGCCAGCGAUUCGACUACCUAUCCGUGUAUGCGAUUCGGGGGUCAGUAGUUGCGUUUGCUUGCGGCGGCACCGUAGACCCGGACGUCUGGGCAAGCGCCUCAACCGUUGGCAAGACGCUGGCGCAGGUGACGAAGCGGUGCGGGCGAUACGUCCCCGGCACAGGCUGGCUUCAGCCUGCGAAGGCCGACGGUCACAGGAACCCAUCAUACGUCGGCUAUAUGCGCUGGCACAAGGGACUUGACUUUUGCAGAGAGUCUCGCGGGCCGCAUGGCACCUUUCCCGACACUUGCUGCAAGGGGGAGAACGGAGACAUUACGGGAGGGCCUGUCUUGGUUUCAUCGCAGGCAUGGGGAGGCUUGGGGGCAUGUGCCUGA